GGGGUGUGGGGUGAGGGAAUCCGGACGGGGCGGGCGACAAGCUCGCAAGUGCGCAUGCGUACAGGGCGCAGGGCCUAGUGGGAAGCUGAGUGCAGGCUGCCCUCGGCCCCGUCAGGCUGCCUAGCGCGCGGUGUACUCACGACUCUCUUUCCCAGCGUGCCCCGCGACGCUGCCGCCCUCUGGGCCGCGACAGGCCCCUUGGCCUAGGCUUCCCCAGUUCCUGGUUCGCCGGCGGCCAUUUUGGGUGGAAGCGAUCACUGAGUGGCGGCGGCUGCUGAUUGUGUUCUAAGGGUCGGAGUAGGGUCGACGUUUGCUCUACCGGAACAGCUUAGCUCCUUCCUCCCCUUCCAUUACCCGUGGCGCGGAGAGUUGGGGCGGCGGCUGCGUCAGCAAGGGCGGUGGCGGCGGCGGCAGCUGCAGUGACAUGUCCAGCAUGAAUCCCGAAUAUGAUUAUUUAUUCAAGUUACUUCUGAUUGGUGAUUCUGGGGUUGGAAAGUCUUGCCUUCUCCUUAGGUUUGCAGAUGAUACGUAUACGGAAAGCUACAUCAGCACAAUUGGUGUGGAUUUCAAGAUACGAACUAUAGAGUUAGACGGGAAAACAAUCAAGCUUCAGAUAUGGGACACAGCAGGCCAGGAACGAUUUCGAACAAUCACCUCCAGUUACUACAGAGGAGCCCAUGGCAUCAUAGUUGUCUAUGAUGUGACAGAUCAGGAGUCCUUCAAUAAUGUUAAACAGUGGCUGCAGGAGAUAGAUCGCUAUGCUAGUGAGAAUGUCAACAAGUUGUUGGUAGGGAACAAAUGUGACCUGACCACAAAGAAAGUCGUAGACUACACAACAGCAAAGGAAUUUGCAGAUUCCCUUGGAAUUCCAUUUUUGGAAACCAGUGCUAAGAAUGCAACUAAUGUAGAACAGUCUUUCAUGACGAUGGCAGCGGAGAUUAAAAAACGAAUGGGUCCUGGAGCAACAGCUGGUGGUGCAGAGAAGUCCAAUGUUAAAAUCCAGAGCACUCCAGUCAAGCAGUCAGGGGGAGGCUGCUGCUAAAAUCCGCCUCCAUCCUUUUCUCACAGCAAUGAAUUCGCAAUCUGAACCCAAGUGAAAAACAAAUUGCCUGAAUUGUACUGUAUGUAGCUGCACUACAACAGAUUCUUACCGUUUCCACAAGGUCAGAGAUUGUCAAUGGUCAAUACUGACUUUUUUUUUUAUUCCCUUGACUCAAGACAGCUAACUUCAUUUUCAGAACUGUUUUAAACCUUUGUGUGCUGGUUUAUAAAAUAAUGUGUGUAAUCCUUGUUGCUUUCCUGAUACCAGAUCGUUUCCCGUGGUUGGUUAGAAUAUAUUUUGUUUUGAUGUUUAUAUUGGCAUGUUUAGAUGUUGGGUUUAGUCUUCUGAAGAUGAAGUUCAGCCAUUUUGUAUCAAACAGCACAACCAGUGUCUGUCAGUUUCCAUGCAUAAAGUUUAGUGAGACGUUAUAUGUAAGAUCUGAUUUGCUAGUUCUUCCUGGUAGAGUUAUAAAUGGAAAGAUUACACUAUCUGAUUAAUAGUUUCUUCAUACUCUGCAUAUAAUUUGUGGCUGCAGAAUAUUGUAAUUUGUUGCACACUAUGUAACAAAACUGAAGAUAUGUUUAAUAAAUAUUGUACUUAUUGGAAGUAAUAUCAAACUGUAUGGUGAUAAGUAUUGUUUUAAUUCCUAUGGUUAAAGGGAACUAGAGCUUUGCAUUAUACUCAACAGCCAUGUGUGUGCAGCAAGGGCACUGUAGACCUGUCUUAAUAGCACAGCAUCCAGUGAUUGCUUUCUAGUAAUAGGUCUGAUGAGUGACCUAGAGAAGCUUUUAUGUUGUGUAGAGACUUCACCAACUUCAUUGGUUCAAGGAACUCAAACUGUAUGGAAAGAAUGUGUGCUUCCUAGCGCUUCAUCUCCAGCCCAAACCAUCUGAAGUGGCUUCACCAGCAACCCUGCUCCAUGCAUCUGUGGUAGAGAUGGAGAGCAGCACACGCUUCCUCAUAGGCAGUGAUCUGGUAAUACGUGCUGGCGUCUCUCCAUGCCAAGUCUGAUGGAACACACACCUUUUUCUUUCUUUUUUCUUUUUUAUUUUUUUGGCUAUUGGAGACAGGCUUUCUCUGUAUCCCUGGCUGUCCUGGAACUCUCUCUGUAGACCAGGCUGGCUUCAAACUCGGAUCCACCUGUCUCUGAGUGCUGAGAUUAAAGGUGUGCGCCACCAUGCCUGGCUUUUGUCCCUUUUAUUUUUUGAGACAUGAUCUCACUAGGUAGCCCUGGCUAGCCUGGAAUUUAAGUAUGUAUAACAGGCUGGCACCCCCCCCCCCCAAUUCAUCUGCUUUUUCCUCAAAAGUGCUGGGAUUAAAGGCAUGUCUCAGACGAACCUAUUUUUUGAGACAGUGUCUCAUAGCUCAAGAGGCCUCAAAUUUCACUUGUCACCAAGGAUGGCCUUGAACUCCUAAUCCUCCUGCUUCCACUUGAGGCAUCAACUUUAUUUAUCCUUUCCAAUUGUAAGACUCAUGUUGGAGGAGAGUUUAAGCAUUAGACUAGAAAGCAGGAAAUGUUGAUUGCCCUAAUUGUAGAAAUUCUAUCCCCCCAAAAUAACUGAAAAUAUGAACCCUAGAUGGGAAUGAUGGGAGAAAUAAUAUAUUUAUUUCGGUGAAAUUUUGCAUGUGUGAAAGUUUUGUUAACUAGGACCUUUGAGAUCCUAGACUUUGCUUUUGUCUUACUGUGGGAAACAAAGUCUUGCAGACACUAGCAUUUUAAGGUGACAAAGGUUAGAGAUUGUUUCCUUUGGUUUAAGCAGCAGCCAAGCAUUCUUCAAUUGGGGGCCUAGGGUGUGGCUGUUGACAACACAUUUUAUUAUGGGGUCUUUAAUGAUAAAAUAUUAAACUAAAAAUAAGCCAAAAAUUACAGGUUUAUUUUUCACUAAACAGACAAUUGAAAUACAUGGUACAAAAAUAAGUGGGAAGAUUAUUGUAAAAUGAAAAAUGGACAGAAUAAAUAUUCAAUUUAAUUUUCCAUCUAUGAGAAUUUCACAAUAAAAUCAUAGUUUACUUUGUAUUAUA